AUGAAACAUUCAGCUGAUGUGUCAGUUGUUAAAGAUAAGAUGAUCGCAACAUUUCAAUACCGUCAGACGUUAGUUCAGGACCAGCAAAACUCUGCAACAGUCUUCGAUGUGGUCCCGCAGUUUCUUGACAUCCCCGGCUUGAGGUUUCUGGCAGAUUUUUGUCAAAACGGCCAAUGUACUUCAGACCCAAGCUCCUGGCAGACUGCAAGAACCGGACUUAUAAUGAGCAUGUUAAAUAACUUUUGUCUGUGCAGCAAAACUCAAAUGAGUCUG